AGGUGGGAUUAAUGGGGUUGGGGAGUUUGGAUGAUCUUGUUUUUAUGGUUGUUCUUUGUUCAUUGUUCUUUGGGAGUUUGGUUGUUGUGUCGAGAAGGGUGUAACCUCACAGUAAGUAAAUUGAAUCUCGUUGGCGCAUCGCAGCAUGCAUAUCAUCAGUGGCGUCUUCCCGUUCCAUCUCAUCUCAUCUCAUCUCAUCUCAAAAAUCCACAUGCGAAAAAAAAUAAACCCUCAAUACGAAGCCCUCGGCCACGAUCAGAUGUCAAAACAAAACGCACACAAACCUCGGCCUCCCCUUCCCCUUACCCUGACCCCUGGCCCUAGAAUAAAGUUACGUUCCUUCGCGCCACUUCCCCAUACGCUGCGACCCCUACUCUGCCCCUGGUCUGCCCCAGACCCCGCUAACCUACCUAACGCUCCCCGGUCCGAAAAGCUGACGUCCAGUCAUCGACCUCCGCCACCAGAUGCAGCAUCUAUUGACGAGAGGUCGAGAGGUCGAGAGGUCAGUGAGUCCGAGAUGGGAAUGUUGGUCCGCUGUUCGUUCGUUACUUGGCUAGGUUUUUGUUCCUGCAUUUCGCUGGCUGGUGUCGAAUGAGACGUACUGUACUCGAACGCAAAUAGCAGAUCUAAGCUAUUGUCGAAUAAGAAGAAUUCUACCAGUAAACGGCAUCUUCCAUCUUCCAGUUCUCGUCGAAUGAGAAGCGUCAAACAAGCCAAAGACACUUUCGAGCCUACCUCCCUCCUUCUCCGCACGACGUCAAGCAAGCAAGCAAGCAAACGUCGUAGGGGCGAUCGAUCCCUCCCAUUGGGUCGAGGCACGGAAUACAAGGACCAGUUCGGGAAUGAAUCGGCCUGCC